GAACAAAAGCCAAAAAAAGAUCAAAACCUGAAAUCAUUAUUUCUCUUCUUUCUUCUCUUCUCUUCUCUCAGUUCUUGUUCUUGGGUUUUCUCAUUUCUAAGUGAAACCUUUUCAAGAAACAUUCUUCAGAUCCGAUCUUGAGCUAUAUUGCACCAGAAAAGAAUAUAAACAGGUUCUUUGUUCUGAAGGAAGACAAGUACACGUUUCUGGAGUGUCUUUCUUGUGUUUAGUUCAUUUUUAUAGAUAAGCGAGGCCCGGGAGAUUUGGGAUUGAUGGUAUUGAUCAGCCAAGCAUUUGACCUGAUCUUCCAAUGUCAUGAAGAAGAGAGAGUCUGCUAAAGUUUUCAAAGACCUAUGGAGACCGGUACAAGCAUUGAGAAAAAUGGCUAUGAAGGGAUCAAGAACGGUUCGUGGUUUAUCCAGUUUCGUAAUGGUUGCAACCCGUGGAUGGCUAGAUAUGUGUAUGGUCUGAUAUUUCUCUUGGCAAAUCUGUUGGCUUGGGCCUUGCGCGAUUAUGGUCGAGGUGCCUUGACUGAAAUGAGAAAAUUCAAGAAUUGUAAAGAAGACGGUGGAGAGUGUUUAGGGACUGAAGGAGUUUUACGAGUUAGCUUUGGAUGUUUUCUGUUCUAUUUCAUUAUGUUUCUUUCAACCGUUGGCACAUCGAAGAUGCAUUCAUCAAGAGAUAAAUGGCAUUCAGGAUGGUGGUUUGCUAAGCUUUUCAUGUGGCUUGGCUUAGCAAUAUUCCCUUUCUUGUUGCCUUCUUCCAUCAUUCAACUUUACGGAGAGAUUGCCCAUUUUGGUGCAGGGGUCUUUCUCCUAAUUCAGCUCAUUAGUAUCAUCAGUUUCAUUACAUGGCUCAAUGAAUGUUUCCAAGCACAAAAAGAUGCAGAAAGAUGCCGCGUCCAUGUGAUGCUAUUGGCGACUACUGCGUACACCGUAUGCAUAUUAGGGGUGAUUUUAAUGUACAUAUGGUAUGUGCCUGAACCAUCAUGUCUUCUCAACAUAUUUUUCAUCACAUGGACUUUGUUCCUCAUUCAACUUAUGACAAGUAUCUCUCUCCACCCCAAAGUUAAUGCUGGAUUCUUGACUCCCGCGCUUAUGGGGCUUUAUGUUGUGUUCAUCUGCUGGUGCGCCAUUCGAAGUGAGCCAUUAGGAGAAACUUGCAACAGAAAAGCCGAAGGUUCGAGCAAAACGGACUGGCUUACCAUCAUAAGCUUUGUUGUUGCACUGCUUGCAAUGGUAAUCGCGACAUUCUCUACGGGAGUAGAUUCUCAAUGUUUCCAGUUUAGAAAAGAUGAGAAUCAUGAGGAAGAUGCAAUUCCUUACGGAUACGGAUUCUUCCAUUUUGUGUUUGCUACCGGAGCAAUGUACUUUGCAAUGUUACUUGUUGGCUGGAACAUUCAUCAUUCCAUGAAAAAGUGGACAAUUGAUGUUGGGUGGACAAGUACUUGGGUAAGGAUAGUGAACGAAUGGCUCGCGGUUGGCGUUUACAUUUGGAUGUUGGUUGCUCCAAUGGUACUGAAAAGCAGACAAACAACAUGAGAUCACUACAGAGAGCUUUUUGUCACCUCUCGUUUCAUCUUUGUAGUGUUGAUUUGGCUGGAGAAUAGAAUAGAAGAUAUUGGGGAAAUGUGUGAAAGCAUCAUAUGUUUGCACUGUAGAUUUAUGUAGGAUCAAAGAAAGGAUGAUACAAAUAUACCAAUAUAGCAUAGAUUAGUAAUACUAUGUGUGUAAGUGUGACCCUAACAGGGUCUCUAAUCAUGAAAGCGUGUACACAUCAUUAUUACACAACACAUACAUCUCUCUAUGUUUUAUACAUAGUUUUGAUA